GCACACUAAUCCUUAUGUAGUUACCUGGUCAAAUCUAGUACACAUAUAUUGUGAAUAGGGUGCCAUUUCUGACACACCCUAUGAAUCUUGCCAAGCUGCCAGCUAUCACUAGCUGUCAUUUUUCAAUUAGUUAUGCCAUGGUUGAUGGCACUUCUGAUACUCCUUGAAGCCUUGUUUUCCAAUCACGUUAAAAUUACCCUCCCCAUUUGAUGUGAGACAUGCCCACUUUCAAGAUUGAGUAAUACUUCCUGAUAAAAAAAGGAAAUAUAUGAAUGUUGUCAUUAGCUAUAAAUAUGUUUUAAAUAUAUAAUCUACCUGCCACAUGGUACUAGAGGUAUAAUAUUAGCAGUAUUUUGUUCCAGUCCAGCAAAACGAACAUGAUCAGAGAAAUAUCUAUAACUGUUAUAUAGGCUACUUCACCUUAUUCCUGUAAUGUAAAGUGUAAAAACUGUAGGCGUUUCAUUAGGUUCGUUCCAAGCGUAUUUAGAGUUCAUAUUCCCUACAUGUGAUACGCGUAACCUUAACCAAAUUGUUUUUUGUGUUGCGCGUAAUGCUACUUGCGCAGCUCCAGUAUCUUCGCAUCUCAACAUCCAACGCCCAAUAAUAUGGAUAGCGACUACCACAGCUCAGACACGUCUGAACUCGCUACCCAGUACCACCCUCUGCUCUCCUCUAGUGAGGGGCUGAACUGAAUAGAGGAACCUAACACGUUCUAAUAAAGAAACCACAGGGAUGACAAAUCCGUCAGAAGCAGACGACUUUAUCGACUCGGAGGACUCAUUUGGUGACGGCGACAAGGGAAGCAGGAGGCAGUCUGCUCAAGAGACCGUCUGUGACAUUCGUCAUACCUUCCAUGGAUCUACAGAGGAACGGUAUCCCUCGUCUCAGCCCAGCCAAGCUCAGCCUGCGUCUGCUACCUCGCCUGGUACCAUGUUCCCACACCGGACACUGCACGGAGCCACCUACCCGGCCCUUGCCAUCACCAGUUCGGGUCACUACAUGGCACACCAUCCUGUGGUCACGCAAGGCUCAUAUAAUAGCCUCUUGACCACCACGUCACCUCAAGGCUUCCCAGCGCCCGGAUACUUUUACGCCCAGCCAUAUGGGCAUGGCCACCAAGGAGGUGCUUUCCACAAGAGCUCAGCAAUGCAAACCGGGAUGGUUUUUGGUAAAGCGCAAGUUUAUCUCUGCAACAGGGCUCUGUGGCUCACGUUUCACAGGCACCAAACCGAGAUGAUCAUCACUAAACAGGGGCGACGAAUGUUUCCAUUCCUGAGCUUUAAUAUAUCUGGUCUUGAUCCGACGGCAAAUUACAAUAUUUUUGUGGACGUCAGUCUCGCUGACCCUAAUCACUGGCGGUUCCAAGGAGGACAGUGGGUACCCUGCGGCAAAGCUGACUCGAAUGGGACAGGGAACAAGGCCUACAUGCAUCCAGACUCUCCGAACACCGGCGCGCACUGGAUGCGUCAAGAAAUUUCUUUUGGAAAACUGAAGUUGGCAAAUAAUAAAGGGGCAUUGGAAAGUGCAGGGCAGAUGGUUGUCGUUCAGUCCCUCCAUAGGUACCAACCCCGUCUUAAUGUGGUCGAGGUGCACGAGGAUGGGGCCGAGAACGCAAGUCAACCCAGACAAUCAUUUACGUUCCCGGAGACGCAAUUCGUUGCAGUCACAGCAUACCAGAACACAGACAUAACACAGCUGAAAAUAGACCACAAUCCUUUCGCAAAAGGUUUUCGGGACAAUUAUGACAAAAUCUACACAGGCUACGAUAGUGACCGGUUGACGCCAUCACCGAGUGACUCGACCUACGCUCAGUUUGUGCCCGGUGCCAGAUAUGCUCUUGCUAAUUCUUUCCUUCAGCACCAAUUCGUCAGCACUUAUGCCAAGUCCUGUUUCCGCCCUAGCGCAGGAGCUACGUCUGGACUAGACUAUAACGUUCCCUUAACUAACAGCAUGCUGUCACCGCAAACCAGCGAGGAGGACACGAUGGCGGCAUCCCCGAGAUGGUUUGUGACACCGACAAACAACAGACUGGACUAUGCCUCCCGAACAAAUGACGCGACUGGAAACACGGCCACUUUGCUGUCAUAUGCAGCAGCUGGAAAGGCCCUACAGCUGUCCGCAACGGACAGUUCGGGUAGAGCCCUUGCUUAUUACGCAGAACCAACGGAUUUUGCGCGUACCUCACCCCAGUAUUGCGGUGCGUCUAGCCCGGCUCUGUCCUGCUGGACUAAUGGACACGCUAUUGGUACUGCGAACUUUGACGAGGUCCUCUCACUUUCAAAGGAGAGUUUGCCAACGGGUGUCUCUGAAGACGCAAAACCACAAGAUAUCUCGGAGUCUAGUUGGAUAGAGACAAACUGAAUUGAAGAGCUAUCCCAUCCUAGGUUAUUGACAUCAACGAGAACUGUUUAAAUACCCACCUGGACAUCGUUCAUUCGUUUUUUUCAUUAGACUGCAUUUUUGGAUUAGCCUACAGUGGGCUGUGGAUAUGACAUAAGUAUUAAAAUGUUAACGACAAAAUAGUCUAUUUAAGCUAUAAUAAUGUAUAUAUUUAACAUUGGCUGUAGUCCCACUCUAGAUGUUUUCAUUGAAUCCUGUUUUCUAAUUUGACUGAUUUGAUUGAUUUUUGAUUUGUUGAAUACAUUUUUGGAAGGUGUUCAUGUCUUAGCCUGCAUUGAGUUUCAUUGGCAUUAUGUUUUAUUGUGCUGGCUUUAGUAGGCUAUAUAGGAUCCACAAUGUCUUUACUUGUGCAAAAAAAAAACAAGGUUCUGAGCUAUAACAACUGUACUUAAAGUAAGUAGCCCAAUGCUUCAAAGGACAUAUUCAUAAAUCAAUACCCAACGCAAGAAGGUCAAGUGGGAAUUUGUUGUAGUCUUUGAUAGGAUGUACACUAAUUCAUUAUCUAAAAAUAUAAAUUGGAUUAAAAGCAGAUGGAUAAAUUGUAAUUCCUUUUCUCUUAUACCUGGUAUGAAGGUUUAUUACUGCGGUUGCUGCUUUGCUUGCAGAUGCGUGAACAAUGGAGCAAACUCCAGAUGAAAGAUAUUCAUGAGGACCACAAUGGAUAUAAGUAUUCUGAACUUGUUUUUUAAUCCUUGAUAAUGUUUAAUGUGUGUAUUGUUGUACUCACAUAGCUGACUCAACAUAUGUAUUUUAAAUUUGUCAAAUAACUAAUUUAUUUAAAUUAAAUUA